AUGGUGGACAAGACGGAAGGACACAAACGCUCAAAGAGCGCUCUUGCACUCUCCAUCCUUCAUCGAGACAAAUCAAAAAGUGACGAUAACAAGGAGGACGGCGCUACAUCCCCUAACAAUGGUUCUCCUGUUUCUUCGUCUUCUUCCUCGCCUCGAGAAUCCCGCCACUCGCAUUCAGCAUCCAUGAUUAGUCUGCGGUCUUCAAAGCGCAAGGCAGCGCAAGACAACGGUGGUAAUAACACUACAAAUAUUGGCAACUGCCCUGAAAUUCCAGAGGGCAGUGUCCAGGAAGAGAUGGAAGAGUCUCGCCCGCGUCAUUCUACCGCUGAAGCUGGCCAUGAUAGUAGUAGUAUCAGUUUGGAUCAGAGCGUGCGGACAUUCAGGCUGUUUGAAGUCCUGCGGAGUGGAGAUACCAAUGCCAUUACUAAGGCUGUCAAAGAAUAUCAGGAAUCAAGCGGCCAAGAGGGCGCUACCCUCGGCACAAGCAUUCUACACUUGGCCAUCCAGUGUGCAGACCCUCAAGUUGUUGAAUUUGUACUAGCCUCCGUGGACGAUGCAGGAAUCAACGCUCGUGACCGCGAAGGCAAUACUCCUCUUCACCUUGCUGCGCAGUUAGGCAGACUACCUGUAGUUCGAGAGUUGUUGGAACGCCCUGCCAUUAACGACGCUGCGACCAAUUUUCAAGGGCAGACACCACUUGAUCUUGCUCGUAACCCCGACAUCUUCCAGCAUCUUCAACUCGCUCGGUCUUUGUUCGUUGACACCAAGACCAGAGAAAUACAGUCUUUGGUCGGCCAGGAGGAUUAUGAAAAACUAGAACGGGUCCUUGUUGAGCCUCGAGUCCAAGGGAUGGUUGACAUGAAUGCCCCUGAGCUUGUCACAGACCGCACCACCUAUCUGUCUGGUGGUACACUGCUGCAUGAAGCCGUACGAAAGAAGGACACAAAAUUGAUCCAGGUUCUUCUCAUGCAUGGCGCUGACCCUUUCCGCAGAGAUAGAAAGGGUAAGCUCCCCCAAGACAUUACCAAGGAUGACCGAAUACGCUCGUUUGUGAAGAAGUCACCCGCAGCGGUCAUGGCUCAGCGUGGAAUACAAGAAAAGGCUAUUCUGGGGAACAACUUCGCCCAGGGAUCCGGUGAGGUUUUCAUCGGAGGAAAAGACGCGAGGGAGAUCAAAGGAUAUUUGAAGAAGUGGACAAAUUAUACAACUGGCUAUAAGCUACGCUGGUUUGUUCUAGAGGACGGUGUCCUCAGCUACUAUAAACACCAGGAUGAUGCCGGUUCUGCCUGCCGUGGUGCAAUCAACAUGCGUAUUGCAAAACUGAACAUGGACGCCCAGGAUAAGACGAGGUUUGAAAUCCUGGGGAAGUCCUCAGUCAAAUAUCACCUCAAAGCAAACCACGUUGUCGAAGCAAAACGUUGGUUCUGGGCGCUUAAUAAUGCCAUCCAGUGGGCGAAGGAUGAAGCAAAAGAAAGUGACAAACGACGGACAAAGGAUGUUGAGGUGCUUCGACAGGCCAGGAUGGAACAGAUCGAGAGGCAGGACCAGGAUACCAUGAGCACGGCUGGGAGUAAGCUGAAUGAUAAAACCCUCGCGCCUCCUGCAGCGUCCUUUGGUAGCACCACUACUCCCAGCGGAUCGAAGUUGAGCCUACAAAUUUCUCGAGGUGGAACAGAUAAUGGUUUCGGAGACGAUGAGGGCUCAGUCACCGGGGUCAACGACCUUAGUACUUCACAGUCCAACAUGGCCAGAGUGAUUAGCCAUGUGACCACUAACACGGCUGAAGGUGAUGGUGAAGAUGACUAUGCUGAUUACACAAGCAGUCGUGAAAUACGACCAGCUUCAGACAAAGAUGCCUUUAGCAUUACGGCACAGUCUGUUCGCCUCCAACUAGAUAUUCUACGUGGUGUUUCCUCGGCUAUAAAUGCCGAAAAGGCAAAGAAUCCAUCAGUGACAUUGUCCGAUCCUACCAUUGCCCAGGGUUUAACGACUUAUGGAAGAGCAGUUGAUACUCUAAACUCACUAAUUGUCGAUUUACUCAAAAUCAGCAGAGACAGGGACGCUUACUGGCAAUACCGUUUGGACCGAGAGGCGGAUGCUAGAAAGAUGUGGGAAGAUAGCAUGGCUCGAGUUGCGCGGGAACACGAGGACCUGCAGAACAGAAUGGGUGAAAGUGAAGAUAAACGACGCCGAACAAAGAAGGCCCUAAGAGAAGCAUUAGAAAACGUUUCAGUGCCACAAAGCCGAAGGCUAAGCCAAACUGUUCCCCCGUCACAGGUGUGGACCUCGGAUGCUGUAGCAGUGGUCCAGGAAAGCAAAGCAGAGAAACAGCCCGAACAGACUGAAGAAGCCCCGUCUCCUGGAUUAUUACGUAAGAAGACAGUGCUAGAGGAAAUGAAUCUGUCUGAUAGUGAUUCGGACGAUGAAGAAGAGUUCUUCGACGCCAUAGAUGCUGGCGACGUUGAAGUUGUCGUUCCAACGAAAGAAGAAAAAAUACAGCUUGACGAAUCUAGUGCUCGGGCGAAGAAGGAAUCAGAAAUUGCACCUUCGUUCAAAGGAUAUGAGGAUGAAAUCAGAAAACGGCUUAAAAUGGAGGCUGAUGAUCGCCCGAAAGUUUCUCUAUGGGGUAUCCUGAAAUCUAUGAUUGGAAAGGACAUGACUAAGAUGACUCUUCCCGUGUCAUUCAACGAGCCAACAUCCCUUCUCCAGCGCGUUGCCGAGGACAUGGAAUACACUGAUCUUAUCGAUACUGCUGCCGACCGCCCAGAUUCCCUGGAGAGAAUGGUUUAUGUGGCUGCAUUUGCUGCCAGUGAAUAUGCCUCGACUAUCGGGCGGGUUGCAAAGCCAUUCAAUCCUCUCUUGGGUGAAACUUAUGAAUAUGCCCGACCUGACAAGGGAUAUCGCUUCUUCGUUGAGCAGGUUAGCCAUCAUCCACCUAUCGGUGCGGCCUACGCCGAGUCACCUAGAUGGGAUUACUAUGGUGAAUCUGCUGUGAAAUCCAAGUUCUACGGUAAAUCAUUCGACAUCAAUCCUCUGGGAACGUGGUUUUUGCGACUCCGGCCCGCCUCCGGGGGUGAAGAGUUAUAUACCUGGAAAAAAGUCACCUCUUCUGUCAUUGGUAUAAUUACAGGAAAUCCCACUGUUGACAAUUAUGGUCCCAUGGUCAUAAAGAACUGGACUACGGGAGAAGUGUGCAAUCUUGAUUUCAAACCUAGAGGCUGGACGGCGGCUUCCGCCUAUCAUGUAUCCGGCAAGGUCCUGGACAAGGAUGGUGUGCCACACUGGAGUGUUGGAGGCAGAUGGAACGACAAAAUUUAUGCACGAAAGCUCAGUCACGGUGCCUCCCUCUCAGCCUCUGAGAUCACCCCAGACGGGAACUCUCCUCAUGCCAUGCUUAUAUGGCAAAGCAACCCCAGGCCCACUGGCAUACCGUUUAACCUAACUCCUUUCGUCGUCACGCUGAAUGCUAUCCCCGAUAAUCUAAAACCUCAUCUCCCUCCCACCGACACCAGAUUACGACCCGACCAGCGUGCCAUGGAAGACGGCGAGUACGAUUUUGCUGCCACUGAAAAACAUAGGGUCGAGGAAAAACAGCGAGCAAAGAGGAGAGACCGAGAAUCGAAAGGCGAAGAGUAUCAACCUAAGUGGUUUUCAAAAGGUGUCUGCGACACCACAGGUGAAGAGUACUGGGUGUAUAACGGCAGCUAUUGGAAGUCUAGAGCUGCGGGAGACUGGAGUGUUUGUGAAGAUAUUUUCUAA